AUGGCCAGUGGCAAGGCUCUGUAUUCUAUAGCGGUGGUCGCAUUGGGCUUCAUUUGCUUCGUAGUAGGUGCCAUCGCUGUUGGCUUACCUACUUGGGGAAAUUUUCAUAGCUAUGACUCUGACUUUCAACUCUCAGUUCCUGGGUACUAUUUAGACAAUCCGAACUUCGACCAGGGUUACUUCGGACCAUGGCGAGUGUGCAAGAAACUGCUCUACAACAGGGAGAAAUGCGGCUCAGACGUCUCCAAGUUCCAUCCGUCGACGGCGGUAUACAUAGCGGGCGUGGUGGCGUCGGUCGGCGUGUCCGUUCUUGGCGUGUUCUGCGUGCUCUCAGUACUGCAACUCGCCAUGAUAUCGUCGAAGGAACGCGUCGCCUUCAAAUACACUCAUCUCGUCAUGAUGAAAUUGGCGCUGGCGCUUUUAGCCACGCUGCUGUCCAUUGUGGCAGCAAGUUUGUUCGCCGUGCAAGGCGAUGACAGGGGCUUCUUCGUGACGAGGGGUGAAGCUUUCUAUGUGCAGAUAGUAAGUAUAGUGAUCAACUCGAUACUGUUUAUAAUGUCGCUGUACGACGCGCUGUUCUCCCGACGGGCUGGCGGUGACCCGACUAAUCCUCUAGGGGAGCCUGAAGGCACCACCAUCAAUAACCCUGGAUUCAAAGAAGGAAGAGGAAUCUCAAUGACUGAUGCGUCGGGGAAGCCGUACAGCACAAAUGGUCACGGAAGCGUGGCGUCGAUGAAUACUACGGCUACCACGCUAACGGGCAUGUCGGAUGCCAGUACAAUCACCAGGUCUCCACUACGGUCGUCCCUCAAGAAGCCACGGCCAAGAGAAGGUGAACCCGGUGGCCUGGGCAUACAAAACCCGGGCUAUUCAGGCCACUCGCCCCCCUUAAACCGCAAUGGAAGUCAGAAAAAAGUGCGCAUUCAAACACACAGUACUGAAGUGUGA